CGCGGCAGGGCGCGCGCAGCCCGCGUGUCCGCGCAGGCAGGCAGGCAGUCAGCGCGCGGCGGGCCGCGGGCGGGACCGCGCCUUUGUCCUCGGCGUCCUCCCGGGCCUCUCCUCCCCGCGCUCCCGCUCCAGCCGCUCCACGUUCCCUAUGGAAGCACACAGACCGUGUUAGUUCCCCGGAGCUCGGCAGGGACCGUGUGUGCGCUGUAACCCCUCCGCGCUCCCCCCCUCACCCCACCCCCGGUGCCGGUCCGCGGGAGGCUGCGCCCCGCGCUGGUACCGCUGGAAGCCGGGCGCGUCCCGGCCGCCCCCUCCCCGAGCCCCGGCGGCAGCGAGCGCGCUGGUCCGUUCUGCCAGCACGAUAAAUGCUGUUGAUGAAGAUGGACCUGUUGAACUACCAGUACUUGGACAAGAUGAACAACAACAUCGGCAUUCUGUGCUACGAAGGUGAAGCAGCCCUAAGAGGUGAGCCCAGAAUGCAGUCCCUUCCAGUGUCCUCCGUUCUAACCAACCAUCGAACAGGCCCUCCUCCUAUCAGCCCCAACAAGAGAAAGCUCAGCAUGGACCAAGGGGACGACGAGCUAGACUGUGAAAAUGACCACGUUUCUAAAAUGAGUCGAAUGUUCAACCCCCAUCUAAACAAGACUGCUAAUGGAGAUUUUCGGAAGGAGCACAGAGAGAGGAGUCGCAGCCCCAUAGAGAGGGCUGCUGCCCCGACAAUGAGCCUUCAUGCCAAUCACAUGUAUGCCUCAAUCCCAAGCUUGACCAUGGAUCAACCUCUAGCACUGACCAAAAACAGCAUGGAUGCAACCCGGACAGUUGGCAUCACACCUACACUGACUUCUGUGGAACGGCAGCAGAACCGUCCCUCGGUGAUCACCUGUGCUUCCGCCAACAACCGCAACUGCAACCUGUCCCACUGCCCCAUCGCGCACAGCGGCUGUGCCUCCGCCGUGCUCACGUACCGGAGGCCCGCCAGCACUACCACUGCCUGCGACCCGGUGGUGGAAGAGCACUUCCGCCGAAGCCUUGGCAAGAAUUACAAGGAGCCUGAGCCGGUGGCAAACUCGGUGUCCAUCACGGGAUCGGUCGAUGACCACUUUGCCAAAGCACUUGGGGAUACGUGGCUGCAGAUCAAAGCUGCGAAGGACGGCGUCUCGAGCAGCCCCGAGUCCGCGUCGCGGCGGGGCCAGGCUUCCCCCUCCUCUCACAUGGUCAAUCAUAAUCACUCGCCCUCGGUGGUCUCCUGAGGACCGGGACCCUUGUGAAUUUGCAUGGUUUGACUGAGCUUUGAACAGUGCUUAAGGUAGUGUCGGGGAAGGGAGGUUAGUUUUGAACACACGUUUUUGUGUACUCACUUUGUUUGUGAAAGGGUGCCCUUAAAGACGAUAGCAGGAACUAUUUCAUAACGAUUCAUCUGAUGUAGCAUCCUUUUUUUCCUGCCUCAGUUACCAAAGAAACCUCUGAUGCAAAUCUGCCGCCCCUUAAAAAAACUAAUGCACGCUAAUCCACAAAAGCCAUCACACUUAGUUGGUUGACCCAAGUGCUUUCUGCUUUUAUUAGCUUCUUGAAACUAGAAUCUGUCUGGUUUGCUUACGUUGCUUUGGGGUUUUUUGUUUCGUUUUGGUUCUUUUUCCCUCUGUGAAGUAACGUUGUAUGUAUAUACUUGAAAAGAACUGUCAUGUAUGAUUUGCACUAUUGGAGGAGGACUGAAGUUGCAUAGCAACUUUCUGGAAGAUGCUAAUAUUUUGAGGGCAAACUGCUGAAAAAAGGGUUUAAGGAUGACAUUUCUAUCAGUUUGAUUUAUUUUUUUUCUUAAAGCAAAACCGCUUUGGAAGGGGAAGUCUCAUACAGGUUAUAGGUCUUUCUCUCUUUAGAUUUCAGGUGCUUUAGUGCUUGCAACUGGACUGCAUAAUUGACAGAACACGGGCAUUUUUUCCUAAACACUGCAGUUUGCUAGAGUAGAGCUGAGGUCGGAGGGUUCAAUAGUGCUUAACGAUGCAUGUUUUAUGAAAAAUAGCUGGUAUCUAUUAAUGUAUAGACAGUAAGAAUCAUAAUACUUAUUAGCUUUUCUUCAGAAUUAGUUUAUUUUUGUCAGUAACAAUCCUAGAUAUACUUACUGCUGGUACAGUUGUACUCUAUGAUAUUUGUAUUUGAUAUUCACUUUAGUAGCAGCCAGCAAAGAGGACAGCCUCAGGCCAGGCCUCGGACGACGCAGUCAGAGAUAGAUGGUGCGUGGUACAGGAUGCUACAGCUUUGCGCAUGACCGAGUCAUUGUUCCUGUCUGCUUAACCAGGGAUUUGCUUCCUGACCCCAAGUCUGUGUAAUCCACCUUGAACCAGCUGCAGAAACGGUUAUCUCGGCUGGACAACAGAUUGUUACAGUUUGUGAAAUAUGACCUUUAGGGUUUUUUAAGCUUAUCCAUAAGCCUAUGCCGAGUUGCAGCAUACAUUCCUCCAGUAGAGAACGUUAUACAGGUAUUACUGCGUUUAUUAUCAUUUGCUAUAUUAAUAGCUACUAACUAGAAAGUAGGCGAUAGAGGCAGGUGUAAACCCACAGCUGGGCUAGUAAAGAGCUUUUCUUCUUGUUACAUGUAACUGCUCUCCCCCAGACAUUCCAUCUUCCCAGUACAGUUGCAACUAGGGCUUUGUUUUUCUACUGGGUUACCUGAAACAAUUGGUUCAGUGUAGAAGGUUAGAACUAGCUGGAAGAUGAACUACAUGUGAUGUAUUAUGGACUACGUUACAGUAUUGGGUCCAUUGUGGCUUUUACUUCUGUGUUUUUGUUUUCUUUUUUAAGCUAUUUAAUUUGGAAGGAUCGGGAGAUUGGCUCUUGCUCUGGUUGAGAAGGUGGCUGCUCAAUUCUCUUUAACAGAUGAAACCCCCACCACCUAAGCCCCCAGUUUGACACAUUUCACUACCAUCCUACUGGGUAGUCAACGCUUCCUUGCUUUGGCAUUCAGUACCCUACUCUCUGUAGGAAGAUUGUUAAAAGAACACUUUUUUAUAUAGGUAACUUUAAGACCAUCGUUACGCUGUGCGUAAAGAAUGUACAGAGAAAUUUGUAGGUAUUUUUUGAGGAACAAUUAAUUUGUUAAUGAUAUGUAGCUAUUUAAUUUUUCCCUUUCCUUUAUUGUAAUCAUUCUUCUUUGUUUGGAGAAAAAAGUUGAUCUUUUUGGUUUUUUUUUUUGUUGUAGAUUUGUCUGUAAUACAGUAAAAGUGCAGGAACACAGUUAUUCUAUGAGAACACUGCAUUAGCAUUAAUAGCCACUAGUUUGUUAUUGCUACAGGCUACUGAGCAUCGUAACAUUAAAUACUAAUGCUGUAGAUGGACUCUGUGGAAAAUGUGACUCCUCUAUUUCUUUGUAAACACAAAUGAGAUGAUGUUUCUAAAGCUGAUGUUUUCAAUAAGAGCUGUUUUACAAGGUUACAUUUACUUAUCUGAGAUAGGUAAAUGGAUUUGAGGGCAAUAAAGAUGUAAUGCGACCUGUCCGGUAAAACA